AUGAAGUUGCAGAGGAAAGGUGGAAGAGGACAGCCUUGUCUGACCACUAUACCGGAAACAAGCGAGGAAAAUGGUGGCGAUCGACCAAAGCAUCGUCUGUCUGCUACUCCAACUGCUACAGGUGGUGUAAUCAACAUGGAUACUUCGGACUGUGGGGGUGUAAGCAUAACUGCGAACUCAUCCACUGACGGUCUGAAGAAUACUAAUGCUCCCUCCGGCGACGUGAAUAAAUCACGUACCGGAAGAACAAGGGCCAAAAUACUUCCAGGUUGCCCAGAAGCAGUCAGGAUGCAGAGAUUGGGUUCAAACCACGGAACUUCUGGUCAAGGAUCUGAACUGUUGCUAAGAUGUUUUGUUUUAUGGUGUGAGAUGGCUCAGUGGUUAGAGCGCAAAUUUACUGUUUGGAAGGUCCGUCCCUCGAACCCGACAUCUGCAUGUCGACUUCUACUGUCUAGGCUUGGGCAACCUGGCAGUAUCCCAGCCCUCUACUUCCUUUGGGUUGCAUGGCAGCUAGGCACUGAACGGUCCCCAUUGGCAGAGCAUCCAUCCAAGGGACAAUUGAGCCAUAUGGAUUUGCGUUCUCUGAUCAAGGCCCUAAUGACUGGUAUACGCACCAUCGUGACCAGCAUGAUUCAGUGCCCAAAAGGUUCUCCUUACGGCACACAUCCCAGUGCACCGUCCGCACACACACCCAAAACUGUUGUUGCAGCCUCCUCUUCGCGUAUCCUCAGCCCGGACGAGUUGAUCGUUCUGACCGAGUACUUUGACUAUGGGACCCGAAUGAUUGCAGUAGUGCAGAUAAUUGUACGAGAUGGAAAGCUGUUCAUUCGAAGCCACCCCAGUGUGAAGUCCCCCGACGAGCGUAUUCUCAUUGAGACGUUUGCCUUGACCUUCGCACAGCUGAGUCCAGUGUCUUUUCAAGAAAUAUUUUCCAAUAAAAUUCACGUGAGUUUCACUGCUUAUGCUGCUUACUGCUCACACCUUUCUACAAAACAUUAUGAACUCUUUGAAUAUACCUGUUUUUUCAUCUUCAUCUUUCAGGACUUUGUGAUGUGGUGUCGUCAGAGUCCAUCUUACACGAAUAUGGCUUUGCAUCUUUUGUCUCAACCGAAUAAAACAUCAAUCUUCGGGCACAUCCUACUCUCUUAUUUGGUCGACCGUUUGGAUCGGUUAGGUGAUGGAACUGACGAGUCAGCGCUUUAUAUGCGGCUUUUGAAACUGUGUUUCAGCUCUGUAAACAUGGCUGGAACUGAGAAUGAAUACGUAAUGAAGCUCCAUUUGCGCCGGAUCGUCCAAGGCAGUAUGCAGUGUAGCUUAACCGCAAACGAGCCUACUGCUUAUUUGACUCUCCUUCGAACCCUGUUCCGAUCUAUUGGAGGUGGCGCACAUGACAAACUAUACCGGGAAUUCUUCCCGCUUCUUCCAGAGAUGUUGUCUACUUUGAAUCGUUUACUCCGUUCUCCGCAUCAUGCCAAUGCGCGUGAUCUACUCGGUGAAUUGUGUGUGAUCGUCCCAGUACGUCUUUCUACGUUGCUGCCCUAUUUAUCCCUACUCAUGGAACCGCUGAUCUACGUGUUGAACUGCAACACCGUAAACCAGGGUCUCCGAACACUUGAACUUUGUGUUGACAACAUGCAACCGGAUUUUCUCCAUGAACAUUUGCAUCAAGUGCGCGGUGAUAUGUUAUUAGCUCUGUACAAUUCACUCCACUCAUCCAGCGAGUAUGUUCAAAAGCUAUCGUUCAAGGUUCUAGGAAAAUUAGGCCGUUUCAAUCGGACCAACUUGUCUGAAGUUCGAAGAUUGAGGCUCGAUCCGGCUGAGGGUGAAACCGGACCGGAGUUGCGACUAUUUCUUAAUGAAUACAAAAACCAACCAAUUGAUUUGCCACUUCGUUCGUUAGUCGACGCUGCUAUCGAAGUGCUACAGGAUUCCAAUAUUGACCAACCAACAAAAGUGCGUUCUUGGGAGUUUUUGCAGUCUGUCUGCAUUGCAUCUUUGGAUUUGGACAACAGAUCUGGCAGAUUUAACUUGCAGCUGGACGCUCCUUACAGCUUUCUUCAGGGGACUUCGUUUGUGCGUGCCGUUGAUAUGUUUGUACAAAAGGUGCUGUGCAAUGAAUGGGCAUCUUCUUCUGAUCGAGAGUUAUUUCAAGCUCCGUGUUGCAUAGAUGGAGAUUUGGACCGCGACUUGAUGGUCCGUGUUCUUGCUGGUCUGUUCAUGGCUGGUCUCAAUAAACCUUUGCGUGAAACACAAGGUGAUUUUAUCACUUCUGUUGUCCGGCACUUGGUCCUCGUCUGGAUUGCUGAACACAUGAACCAAAUCGACCAGACCGUGGAAACCAAACCACCUGCGAUUGUCGCACCUUCAGCAGCGAUUCUCGAUCCAAUCGCUAGGAUGGAGGAUGGGCCCACUUUGAUUCCCCUAAUGGUUUCUCCCGAGCCCAGCUACGUUGGCUCGCUCAAUGGAGUAUGCUUUAAGCCGGAUCGUGAAUGUCAUUCUAAUCGUCGCAUGCUCGAUGCAACGUUGCUGAUUGACUCAAUCCUAUUUGCAAUGGGCCAGGAGGAUAAGCAACUCAUCCAACCGAUGUGUGUUUUGCUAGAGGUCGUUCAUGGCACAGUAUCGACUGUCUUCCGCUCGGCUCUCAGUGAAGACAGUGCAGACGAAACUGGCGUUUUCGAACGUGCCAACAGAGCCCUGAUUCACCUACCUCUGUACUCGCAUAUAGCGCAUGUGCUGGUGGACAUGCUGCAUCACCCAGCUUGGUACGUGAAGUGGGGUGCUUGUGCCACUGUAAUCUGCCUGGUUCGGCUGUUACAUCCAACUUGGUUCGCCAUCCACUUCAUUCCCAUACUUCGCGGUUUGGUGCACUGUAUCCACGACCUCUCGACUCAAAUGAGCCAGGGCGCCUUGUCAAUGGCUCGGGAUUGCGCCCGAUUGCUUAUCCAGACCGUGUUCGACCCGUCGAACGAAGAUGUGUUAUCCUUACAACCAUCCACUCCUCUUGAUGACGAUGAAAGUUCUCGUGCUCCAACCCAGACUUGUUCAAGCAAACGUCCAACUCCAAAUCGUCGUCGCCAGAAUUCAUCUACACCAGUCAAUCAAAAACGACCCAUGCAACUUCGCCGAGGUCGUAGUGCAUCCAUGUCUAGCAGUAACCCCAGUUCCAGUAUUCUUAGUGGGUCACCGGACCCCCCAGAACAAGAAACCUUACUGGACGGAUCGAACGCGGGAAUAACUGAUCGGUGUUCAAACUCCAAGCAGACACCGCUAUUCCUCAUCGAUGCAGUGGUCUUGGAGUUACUGAAGGCUUUGAUGAGCGAAACCCCUCUGGUUCGUGAAGAAGCUCGCUGCCUUCUGUGUCUUUUAUCGCAUCGCCUUGAUCGCCCAUUAUCCGUCCUACUUGCUCCCCACUGGCGCACGUCUCUGGGUCACUUACUUCCUCCGCAGCCACCGACAAGAUUGUAUGAUCUUCCAGCUUCUACCCAACUUGCAGUUUUGAGUCUUGUAUUGAACGGCGAGAUGGCUCAGUGGUUAGAGUGCGAAUUUACUGACCGAAAGGUCCGUGGUUCGAACCCGACCUCUGCUUCUCGAUUUCCUCUGUCUAGAAUUGGGCAACCUAACAGUAUCCCAGUCCUCGUGCUUCCUUCGCGUGGCAUGGCACCGAAAUGGUUGUUCAACACUGAUCCUGCUCUCUCAUACAACCAUAAUUUGUUUGAAUGUGUUUUUGUGAAGAAAAGAAUAAAAGAACUUAAUUACUUCUUCGGCCAAGCGGAGGGUAUUCAAACUAAGUCGAAAUCUGGAAACGGUAAAGUUCCGUCUGAUGUGUGCACUGGUGGUGCUGGUCUGCUCAAAUACGAUUUAGCCAAACGAGCGGAUAGAUCGUUUCUCGUCGACGUGCGUGCGCUGCUUAACCAAAUCGACCAGAGUAAUUCCGCCUCUCCUAGUACCACUGUUUCCCCAGCUGGUACACCAACUUCGGAGGGUGCUAGUUUCGCAUUAGGCGUUUCGCGGUCGGCUUACAAGGCAGGUAGCCCAAUGCCGACUGUCCAUCGACUUCGCUCCGUGGAUCUUCUGAUCGUAGCUUGUCGUGUGCUAUCACUGACGUGGUAUCUGACCAGUCAGAAAGCUCAGAAUUUGGCAGCUCUUUUUAAAGUUGUCAAGCACUGUAAAUUCUUUCCAGGUAUAUGUUGUGAAAAGGAAGCUAUCCACGAGACCGCUUUCGUCUGUUUGAAAGAAUUUGUCAGUCACACCCCUAUUGAUAUUGAGCUACGUCACGCCAAUGUGAAACCGAUUUUGCAAAAUGUUCGCCAAACUACUAACCUGCGCCUAAAUACGGCUCGUCAACUAUCCUACUGUGCGCAGUUGUUUCCAAGCACUUUCAGCGAACGUCUGUGUGAUGCGAUCUAUUCACAUUUGAAUACCCUGGUUGACAGCUUGGCGACCAAACAAAAUGCAUCCUCAAUCUCUACUUUGACUCCUCCAACGUUGGAGUUGUGUGCUGUGCUGGUCGACCUGUUUCAUCUGAUACCUUUGGCUACGGCCAAGCACGUUUCGUUGCUGAUCGAACUUGUGGUACGUGCUGAGCGUGCGCUCAACAUUGAACCCACCAGUCCUUUACGUCUACCUCUGGUUAGGUUUUUGGCCCGCUAUCCGGCUGAGACCUGUGCAAACCUGCUUACUGGAUCCAAGUGGCCGUACGAUGCUCAUGCGCAGCGCAUAUUAUUGUACGUCGUGGGUUGCGCUCAAGGACAGUCAGUGGCGGAGUAUUUAAAAACCAACCAUCAUAUUUUGUCGGAUCUUAUCCGUCCAACGGAAAUUUCGGAACAGAAGUCUAUAGCACCCCUUGGGUGCCUAGCUCCAACGCCACCAGAGGCAGGCAUGAGGGAUUGGAUACUGCCAGUUUGCCCAAUCCUAGGUCGAGAUACAGAAGUCCAGUUCGAACCAUGGACCUUCCUUUCACGCUCAAAUCAUUUAAAAGAAACAAGGCGUUCAGCUGUAGCACCCUUCCGGUGCCUAGCUGCCAUGCCACCCGAAGGAAGCACGAGGGCUGGGAUACUGCCAGGUCGCCCAAGCCUAGAUAGGGGAAGUCGAGUGGCGGAGGUCGGAUUCGAACCACGGACCUUUCCGGUCAGAAAUUGCGCUCUAACCACUUGGGCCAUCUCGCCCCCAAACAAUUUAACCGUUUCACACUUGAUCCCAAAAUGGGAGAAACUGGUCGUCGGUUGUCGAAGAAUUUUCGGCAACCUUGUAGAUGCUUCCACUGCAGCCGAAAGCAGUUGUCUAUUGCCUCGCUAUGGUACUCCACUCACGGCUGCUUGUCCCAGACAUCUAGCUAUCCGAGUCGUGCAUUUGCUGCGAAAUUUGUUUCCCAACUGGUUACUCCACACACAGUCUAUCACCGAGGAUUCUCCCAAAUCGAAAUAUCGUUACAAGGCUCUAGGCAGCCCAUCUGGUUCAAAGUCAUGCUCUUCGUCUUGCCAUCCUGUGGUCGCUUCCCUGCUAAGUUAUUGGCGCUCCGAUGCAUUUGCUAGGCGUCAAGCUCAUUUGACUCUUGUAACUUUGAACAGCGGUCUGCGUGACGAAAGCAGUUCGCUCACACCGACAGGAAUGGAAUUCGUUGAGCCCGAAGAGAAAACGGACGCUGGCUACUCUGCAUCUGCACAUCAGCCGGUGACUGACUCCUCUCUGGAGCCCGGGCUACUGAUUUCCAGUGGGACUUCGUGUUGGGAGCACUGGGACGAACCGCGUCUGCUGCUUGACUGUUUACUGGAUUGCGUCAGAUCGGACCCAGAUAAUUGUGAUUUGCUGUUCAUCGUUGUUAUUGGUUCGGCACGGCUGCGCUCAGUUGCUGGGCUACACCCCUUACGCGCCUACCUGGAUACAUUCUUACCAACAGCCUCCAUCAGCUGGCACCGUCGCCUGUUCCUGCAUUAUGUUUCCCUAGUCCGUCAUCGUUUGACCGAUACACACGGUGUCGAUCCUUGCCCGUUCGUAGUCGGUGCGAACUGGAAUACAACGUCGGGCGACCUGUAUCGACUGCUAACGCAUCUUAUGAUACCGAGUUUGACAUGUGCUCUACAAAAUACCUCACACGAGGAAUUUAUUGGUGUGCCACCAGACCCCUAUACCGACAAUGACAAGGACUUGGUGCACCUUUUCAUUUCGGUGCUUCUGGGGGACCCGGAUGUUGAACACUCAACAGAGCUACGGGUAAUGUACUAUCAAAUGGCCAUUUUAUUCACACACUACGUUCCAGAAUAUAUUCACUUGGAGGGGCCUACCCCUCAAAGUUCUCGUCUCGAACGACUGAUCAGUUUCGCUUGGCCGUGCACGACCAGCAGCUUGAGCGUGGUUGAUUUACAAGAAAAGUACACCGGUCUGCAGCUGUUGGCCCAUUUGAUUUCCAAAUUUGACGCGGUUAAAUCUAUGGCUGUUCAGGUUUUUCAUUGCUUGGCCAAAGGCACUCACACAGAGACGAAGAAGAUUGUUAACCCAGCUCUGGACGUUCUGAUCCCUGCCUGGGUGCAAGGACCCGAUGAGCAGCAAAUUUUGGCUUCUACGACGCGCAAGAUCAUGCUUGAGGAUCACGGCAUCCAGUCAUGUAUACAUAUCCUUGGUAUAAUUGUGCGACACGCCGACCUAUACUACCCCAUCCGUCGCCAACUCUUACCUCACCUGAUUCUCAUCAUCUCGCGUCUCUCUACUCAACAACUCCCCGUGGAGCAACGGCGGCUCGCACUAGACAUGAUCGAUACAGCAGCUCGAUGGGACCACAGAUGUCGACAAGUGUUGCUCGAAUCGGGUAUGGAUGAUGUAGAAUACACGUCGUCUGUCAGUGCCUCUGUUGAAAAUUUGUAUCCAGAACAAUCCAGUUCUCAAAUUCCGGUCCCUCUACCUGAAGGUGCUCCGAUAGACAAAGCCCAGCGCGACCAGCUGUUGAAUCUAAUGAUUCGAUUCGCUUGCCAGGCAGUCGAUACAAGCCAGAAUGGCAAUAUGUCUGAGGCCUCCGUCACUCGUGCCUUGUCACAGUUGGAAUUCGCACUACGCGCAGAUGUAUGGGGUACUGAGUCUUGUGAACUUCGCUUGGGCUUUAUCGACCGAUACUUUAUUCCUGAGGAUAACUCAAGCUCCAAUCCAUCCAGCACGGCCGUUUCUGCCACAGGUCCCAGCGGAUCUGGUGCUCCCAACGUCUCAUCGGCAUCGACCGUUACCGGCAGUAACAUAUCCGGAUCCAAUGCAGGAAAUGCUUCAAGUGGAAGUCUUGGAACCACACAGACCACCAAUUUGUUGAUGGCGCUAGAGGUGCUCCGAAUAUUGUUCACGUCCCUGGAAAGCCCUACUUUGCUGCAGAAUGUGAAGCAUUUCAGUUCGGGGCUGUGUACUCUACUCACUCGACAAUUGGCCAAUGUACGUCUCAUCCGGUCCUGCUCCAACCUACUUCGUGCCGUUCUUGAACGUUUCCCUGCAGACGCUUCUCAUCGGCAAAAGAUCACAGCAUACGCGGAAUUGUUUGAUAUCUAUUCUGCUACCCUAAAGACCAUUCAGGAGUCGUUUUCAUUGUAUAGUGACAAUUGUCUUCCUCCCUUCAGUGAGACAUUCUAUCCCGCUGAUAAGUGGACCAAAACCCACAUUGCUCGCAAGACUAGUUUGGUCCAGCUGGUGAAACUGACCCAUCGCCUCAUUCAAGAUGUCAUCAGCCCUGGAUACAGUUCGGGUUCCCAAGACACUGUGGCUAGUGCUCAACUGACAGAUUUACUGAUCAAUGGUCUUGAAGUGAUCAAAUCUCGUCUAAAUGUGGUGAGCAACGAGAUGCGUAAGAAUUCAUUUGGACCUGACCUUUGUCUGAUACUCGAUCGUGCCCGCGAUGCUAGGUUGUUUCGAGCCGUCAUAAAAAUUCUGCGAGAUUGGAUUAACGUUCCAAAGUCUGAAGAACAUUUCGCCCCAACGGCACGGGAGAAGGUCAAUUUCUUCCAUAAACUGUGGCAGGCUUACCCACGAUGGAUUGAUUCAAAUCCAGAUGUGGCCCGGGAACUUUUGGAAUGCAUUUAUGAGGUCUACAUCAGUGGAAACUUAUCCAGGAAUCAAGAACUAUACAUGAAACUGGAACAGGCAUUUUGUUGUAGUUUGCUCGCACCAUUUCCUGACAUUCGUGAGAAGUUCACCUCACUCUACUUGGAAGCAUCGCAGCUUCAGUUUCCGCUCCAAUCGGGUGCGAAAAUUGCGGGCAUUGAUGCCACCACGUCACACCCGGAUGUCACCUUUACAGAAGCCUCUCUGAACGAGUCUAGUUCCGCUGCCUCGUCACCACGUCCUGCAACGGAUGCCGCUGGGGACAGAGAACCUGACCUGCUCGAAAUGAACUCUCCGCUUGUGUGCCAAUCUGCGUCCCUCCUGGUUCGUCUGCUUUUCCUGUUUGUCUCAUGCAACUGGGAUGAGGCACACUUUCGUGACGGGUUUUGGUUGUCCCUGUUCCUCGAUGUUCUCCUCUGUGAUGUGGACACGACUCUUCCACCGUGUCUUUCGGACACCUCUAACUGCUUUCCUGUCCCACCUGUUCUUACCCCAGUCACCGAGCAAACUACCUUGAUUCGAUCGGAGUCCGAAUUGUUCAAGACCAUGUCCAGUUCACAAUCGGAACUUAACAGUUUGUUGGAACUGCAAACUAGAGGGCUAAAAGACAUGGGUCGCGUAACCUUUCGUGAAGGUCUUCGAGGAGUGUUAUGUCUGGCUCAUCGGUCUCCAGCUUUGGCCAGCCACCUUUUCUCCCAACUUUGGCCACAACUAUGGAACCGCCUGUUGUUACGGCAGACGCCUGUAGAAUCAAGUUCGACCACAGACUCUGACUGUGUUACACCGACGCUGAAUUUUGGGCCAGUAGAUGAGGCUAGUGCUGAUCCGCUAACGAACAGCUCUCAGAAUCUGAGUGUUGCGGAAGUUCGUGCUUUCGUAAUCCCUCAGCUUCUUCGUUUUCUAACCUCAGACCAACAUGUUAAUCCAUCCGAACCGCAGCCGAGUGCAUUGGGUGCUUUCUUGUCCAGUCUUGCGACUACUCCGGACUCCACCCUGUUAUAUCUUCCAGUACCGGCUAUCAGUUACAUUGGUUGUUCAUACAACCAGUGGUACACCGUCGCCCUGUUUCUUGAAUCUCUUUGUGCACGUGCCCUCAAGUCGCCAGGAGCGUCAGAAUUUGUCUAUUCGGUGGGUCUUCCUCCUCCGGAAUCUGUGGACUCAUCGACGGCGGGCUGUUUGAAGUUGAGCGACCUACCCUCGGGUGCGGCUGCGCUUUCACUCAUAGCACUGUACGACAGUCUUGGAGAAGUUGAUCAUUUCACCGCCGCAUGGUGGUACAGGUUUGCACUGAAUGGAUCUACUGAAAGUCGGUCGGCUUCGGUGCGGUCCAGUCCGUUCCUACGGUGUCUCGAAUACGCAAAACACGGUCUCACCCUCCGCGCUUUGGAAGUAAGCUUAGACCAGUUAGCCGCCAACCAACCGUUAGGUUCCGGUCAACAAGCUUUAGAAAGUAUUACAGUUGCGUCAUCCGCGGCUGCUUCUUCCAACCGAACGGGUUCGUCAACCUCUACACGAUACAGCACACCUUUCAGCACAAGCAUCACUGUGGCUUCAGCUUUCGAACUAUUUAGUGAGGAUGUGAAACGGUCUCGCCAACCAACCGUUAGGUUCCGGUCAACAAGCUUUAGAAAGUAUUACAGUUGCGUCAUCCGCGGCUGCUUCUUCCAACCGAACGGCACAAGCAUCACUGUGGCUUCAGCUUGCGAACUAUUCAGUGAGCAUGUGAACGGCUCUCGUCUCCACGAUUAUUGCGUGCGCUAUUUGAAGCAGUUGGGUCAAUGGGAUAGUUUGGACGCCUUGGCUUCCAGUUCCCAGACGAGUUCAGCAUUUACAAUGAGCGGACCGUCUGUUAGUGGACCGGGAGGCUCUACGACUGCCGGUGGGUCCAGUGUGGGCGGAUCCGCUUACUGGGGGCUCAAAGCCGAUGCCGCUUGGCGCAGAAGUGAUUGGUCCGAGGUGUACUCCAGUUUGGCUCGGUUGGCGAAUGAAUGUCCUCGUUCGGACUUGUGUCGCUACGCGUUGAUCCAAGCAGCUGCCUGUGUAGCCGGUCGACGUGCUUCUGGUUUCAGCGGCAGUGCAUCUGUAGUAGGUGGUUCGGACGUUGAUGCUUACGGUAGUGGUAACCUUGGUCCAUCCGCUAUUGAAAUUCAGUCUACUGUACCUGGCUCCCCAGCAGUUCCCAUUUCCUCCAGUAGUUCAACCUCUGGAGCUUCGACGUCAACACACACUAUGGUCACUAUGCUGCAAGCUUCAGAACUGGAAAACCAUCGGGUCAUGACAACCAUGCUCCGUGAAUGGCGUCGACUCCCGAUGAUAGUUAACAAUCAGCACAUCCCAUUACUCCAGACUGCACAUAGAGCCGUGGAAAUAGUGGAGGGUAAUAGCUUGUUAGCUCAGUACUGUGGCGGUACUCUGGGUGGGCCGAAUGCCACUCUACCCAGCUCGACCUAUUCCGCUAGUCCGGGUCAAUCCAGUUCAACACCGUCCUCAAUUGGCGUUCCAUCCACAUCAAACGCUACUACCUCGGCGGCCGCAUCCGUUGCCCUAAGAAUGCAUGAAUACUAUAAAACUAUGUUCAAAUCAUGGCAGAGCCGUCCGCCUGCAAUUGGCGAUGAUUUGGGUUUCUGGCACGAUCUAUUUUCGUGGCGCCAAGUCGUAGAAGAAACCAUUAUCAGCUGCCAUCCGCAUGUCCAAAAAUUCGGUUCUGAACGGGCUAAUUUGGUCGCCGUUUGUGAACGGGAACUGGCGUUCAGUCAGCUUCAGCUUGCACGAGGUGCACGAAAACAUAACUUCCCAAGCAUUGCACAGCAACAUUUGGAUCGUUAUACACGGAUGAAUCUUCCACCAUUAUUCGAGAAGACGAAACAGGAGAUCAAACUGAAAAUGUUUGACCUUCGCAAAGACGAGUUGCUCGAGGGUCUCGAGUUGAUGGAGAAAACAAACAUACAACAAGGGGACGAGGCCACCAAAAACUUUGGUUACGCCACACAAAUGCAAGAUAACCUUCAUACCGUGUGGUCCAUCUAUGGGGACUUCUUGGAAAAUGUCUACUCUGGAUAUCCAGCGACAAAGCGAGAGCUUGCAGUUUCUACGACUGGGAUAUUUGCCAUGCAGGCACUAAUGGAAGCCGCCAGUGUGACUGGUGGGUCAGAGCGUCGCAGCCGCGCCGAUGUCGCUAAAUGUCUAUGGUUGUUGACUCUAGACGAUACCAAAGGACAGCAGCGCCUGGCACGCACUUUUGAAGAACGCUCUAGUCGAGUUCGACCUGAUGCGUUUUUGCCCUGGCUACCGAACUUGGUAUACAGCCUUCUCCGUCCAGAAGGUAGAUUUGUUGCGUCCGCCUUACGUGGAGUGAUUGCGUCCCACCCAACCAUGCUUUACAAUCUGCUUCGGGGAUUGCAGCAUCAGUUAUCGACCGAAGUUCGUUACGAUGAUAAACUUGGACAGUUGUUGGAGAAGGAGAGUCCUGAUUCCAAUGCGUUUUUGUCCGCUUUGCGCUCGCGUGUUAGCGCUCUUGGCUCUCAAAGCAAAGAUUCUGACGGGAAGCAUUCACGAGGCCCAUUUGCUUCUAUGGGUACUUCCGGUGCAGAGUUGGACAGUCAGCAGCGGUCUGUCCCUGGUUCCUCAACAUGCGGCACUAAGAGUAUCAAUACGACUUCCUCCAAUGGAUCUGCCUCUGCGUCAACGAACAUCACUUCCGGUUCACACACGGCUGCUUCCAAAAAGAAAAAGCGUGUGAUUGUUGUCAUGCGUGGCGUAGAAGGUGAACGUCUUGCCGGGUCCGCAAUAAGCCCUAGCCAUCCAAAGUCCUUAGAUGAAUACGAAUCAACUGAUUCCCCCGUAAACUCCACAGGUGUCGCAAGAAAAACUGCUAUUCGUGGCCACAAUGCUUCGUCUGGGGCUGGAGGUGAAGAGGCAGCCGACGAGCCGGACGAUGUUGAUUUGGAUGAUGAUAACGAAGAUGGCGAUACGGAGCGAGAGGACGUCGAAAUGUUAAGCCAAACUGCCGUCGAAGGAAAAAGCGUCACUUCUGACGAUAAAUUUCCUGGGAAUCUUGGCGCUAAAACAGGAUCUGAACUGUCCACCGGUCCCGACUCCGAAGAGCAAUCAGUCCCUACACAGAAUGAAACAGUUGGUACACGUUGCUUGUCAGCGAUGGUUGUUGAGAGCCUUCAUCGAGUUAAUGCGUUGAUGAAUCAGUUACGCCGACGUCAUGCUGUACGUAUCUACGCUCUGGAUUUGUUCACCAAUGAAGUGGGUGGAAAGUUGCAGCCAACUUGGGCUGAACAACUCCUAGCCCAGCUUUGUUCCACCUUAGACUACCUCCAUCGAUUAUCAUGGGCUACUGUCUCACCUGGCAGAUCUUGGCGUAUUAAAAACCUGACGAAACUGUGUAUCCCCAACUGGUUGGCAUCCGAGUUACGGUUUAUCGGCACAUCUUGUGGCCUGCGGAUUCAAUCACCGUUCCAAGAAGAUGAUGCGUUUCUCAAAGAUCCCCCUUUGCUCUCACCGCCCAUUACUUCGCCCAGUCGGGAAUCCGUCAAACCGUCAACCAGUCGUGAAAGGUCCAGCUCUUCCUCCGAAUCUGAAUCGGAAUUAGAAGACGUUAAACCACCGGUCAGAAGUAAAUUGAGUGAUGAGUCGCCAGGUCGAUCAAAGGGUGACGCUGCUAACAAAGGCGUUACCAAGGGAGGCCGAACCACAAUAUCGAAGCCUUCUAGCGUGCAGUGGACAACCAGUAUGCCAGCAUACGAUGAAGUUGAAAAUCUAAUGACUACCAAGCUAGCAGCCGAGGCGCUGGCUGAUCCGUGGUUUUCCUACAUACGCGAGCGAUUAGCAAACGAGAUGAGUGACCUAGAAGGACGUCCCAUACUGGAUGUGAUUCAACGACUGACUCGUUGUUGGAUCCCGUUGGUGGAGGCGCGUGUUGCCCGGUUACCUGCUCGUUUACACCUUUCCGACUGUGGUGCCAUCCGCCUUCUAGAGAUGUCUAGUCUCAUUGUGGGUAACCACAUGCCACUUGUAUCGCCAAACACUGGUUGUGCAUCACCCACCCCGUCAACGCUACCUGGCUCUCCAUGUCUGGAACUACCAGGUCAAUCUGGAUUAUUUCAAGGGGCCGCGAGUGCAGUCCACUCUCUAGCCGUUGGCCCGCUAAUGCAAGCGCAAAUCACAAAUACCGCAAAUUCUGGCCUCUCCUCGCAUUUGGUCAUCGCCGACGUGUUACCCCAUGUCGCUCGAAUCCGCUGCUCAGCCGGACGUAUGUCCCCACCGGCACGUCGACUGGGUAUCCGUGCCAGCAAUGGGCGUGUGUUCUAUUAUGAUCUCGCCUGCCUUGGACACCUGAUCACAUCGAACACAGCUGCUAUUCAGCAUGAAGCACUUGCGGGUGCACGAACUCAGUUUCUUACCAUGGCUCGUGGUCGGGCUUCGACUUUAGGCCACCUAACUUCUGAAGGCCUUUGUGGCCCUGCCUACAAACGGUGGCGUCAAAAUGGACCUUUGCAGCUCUUCCAAUUGAUUAAUGAUGCGUUAGCUACCCAACCGGAAACCGCCAAACGAAAUCUAUCACUUUUUGUUCCAAGAAUAAUGGAAGUCGGUCCGAUGGGGCUGUGCCUAACGGAGGUCGGUGCCUCUGCACCUGCUUCGAAUGUUGUUAAUGCAUGUGCACAUCCACUUCCUUCGGCUAAUCCCGUCAGCGCUCGAGGUCUCACUGUUUUAACCCGUCCACCUCCCCUAUCCGCAGUAAGUGGCGUAAAUUCUGGCUGCGCGACUUCAGCUGGUACAAAAGGUAGGCCACCGUCGUGGGCACUACCUUUCGAUCGUAUUGAGGCCACUGGUGGACCGAAUUCGGAUGCACAUCAACAGUUCCCCUACAAAGCUUCCCUACCGAAUCCUCCACCGGCUCCAGUCCCUUCAGUCAUUGGAACAACGGGAUCUGGGGUGUGCAACACAGCAGGAGGAAGCUCCGCGGUUGCUGCGGAAGCAAUUGGUCGUCCUUCUGGCGUUGAUGCUGGUUGCCAUCCCGCUUGUAUAACCUUAUCUGGAAUAUUGGAACACUCCUGUACUACUUGGAAGCACCACACAAUAUCGACUACCCCAACCAACUCUACUGUUACCAGUGACCAUACUUCUCGGUCAGUCGUACUAGAUUCAGCGGGAAAUGUUGUCAAAAACUCUUCGCUUCCCAGCAGUCAACAAUACGCAACGCCUCGUGAAUUAGUUUGUUCCUAUUACGAGUAUCUUAUGGAUGUGGUAAAGCAUACACCAAGAACCAAAGUUGACACAGCAUUCUUGGUCAACUUGUUCACCAAACUAUCCGACCGUAUGCCUCAUUAUCCUCAUCUGAGAAGUCCAGUUGCUUCAACGCUAGGAGUACUCCCCGAAUCGGAAUGUCUUCCUAGUGAGUACUCUGAAAGUACACCUGCAGAAUUCAAACGCGGUUCCCUAGUUCGCCGGUGGGCUGCAUACCGUAUGUUGGACGCCGAGAGCUACUGGCUUCUGCGGCACUCGGUUGCUGCUCAUCUCGGUCUUAUUGCACUGAUGGAACAAUUGUUUCAUCUGACACCUCUCCAUCCCGGCUGUCUGGUCGUAGAUGCGCGCUCUGGGCGAGCUGAUGCUCGUCAGUUGGCGUUCAAUUUGCCUCACAACGUUGACAUGACACUAGAUUUGAAUUUACGUUCCCAGUUAUCAUCUGGUGUUUCUGAUAAAUCUGGACCCUCAACGCAGUUGGCUGUGUGCUUCACAAACGCAAUGACGCUACGUGCGCCAAAAUCAUGCAGUGAACGAUCCACCAGUAAACCAGACACCAUGAAUGACACUCACCACACAGUGAACUCCAGUAGUUCGUUCUGGCGCAUCACUGCCAAUCCUGUUCCGUUCCGACUCACGCCAAAUUUAGCCGGAUUUAUAUGUUUGCCGGGAGCGCCAACAAAUACCGGCCCGUUUGCUGCUAGUUACACUACUGCUGCCCAAGCAUUACACAAUUCACAGCGUUCUCACUCGUUAAGCAGCUUAUAUCGGACAAUACUUCGUGGGGACUAUAUCCUGUGGCAUCGAGGCCGACAAGCCGCGGUUCAUGCAUUCCAACUAUUGAUAGGCGAACAACCAUGGCCGUCGGAUCCCCUACCAAGCAGUGACUCUGAUUCAGACGAAACUGAAGGUGGAACCAGACGGAAAACCAAAUUGUUUGAUGAACUUGGUGUAACUGCUUUGCGUUCAAGUCAUGUGGAACGUGAGACAGAGCAAAUAUCUACUGUCACCCUUGUCCCUGAUUUGACGAAUGAGCACCUCAUUCAGCUGAUUUCCUUCACCGUCGACGCUAUGCAGGGGACGCUAAAAACCGUCUCGGAAUAUUCUGCGCCGGAGCCGAAUUCGUGGAAUUUUAUGAACUUGGCUACAGAUCCAUCCAGGUUGGUACAAAUGAGUCCAGACUGGCUACCAUGGCUAUGAAGAACCGUGGUAGACACUGUACUUCUCACCGCAUUUACAUGUACAUAAUUGCUUUUCCCCCCCAAAAAAAAAACGAAAAAAAACCGUUCCACUUCCACGUUCCCUGGAUGAACGAUCACCCGUGUCGUCAGGUGAUGGCCUUUCCCAUUUGUAUAAUCCCACCCAUCAUCGUUGCACCACCAUAUCGAUACACAACUUCCGUAUUUUGAUACAUUUCAAACUUUGAAUCGACUUAGUUGUCAGUGAAUUAUUGAGUUCGAAUGUUCAUAAACGC